UCUUCUACUCGAUUUCCUUCUUUUUUCUUCUACAGAAUUUCCUUUUCUUUUCUUUUCUUCUACUCAAUUUCCUUUUUGUUUACUUCUUUUGCUCGUCUUCUUUCAUUGCAGACCGGUUCGUUAACACCGAGUGCAAAAACACGAAACAACUAAAAUGGCGCCAAAGAUCUACUCAGCGCAGACGCCCGCAGAUCUCGCAGCAUUGACUGACGAGCAAAGCGGUCUACUUGCGCAGCUCGACACGCAAGAGCUAAAAAGCUCGGCGAGCCGGUGGUCCAACCGGCAUUUAAUCGCUUACCGACUCCUAACAAGCCCAGAGACAACCGUCUUGGAGGCUUUCAAGACUGAUCAUGAAAACCAAUGCCCGGUUUGUAGGCCGGGCGAGUCAGGCUGCCUUCAGAAGCUCAACCCUGAUAAAACGAAAGCCAUUACGGAGAAAGACAACCCCCACGACUUUACCCGGGUUACCGAGUGCGAACUCAUGGAACUUCCGGACGGCUUCUUCUGGAUUGCGCUGGCGCGGACGUGUCGGACGGAACUGCUCGACGAGGUGAGGGUGCAGCCUCAGCGCGAGAGAAAACCCGUUGAGAAGGAGGGCUUCGUAAACUCUAGCACCGCCAUUGAUGGCCCUUCAUCUCCCGUGGUGAGCUCAGGAUCCGAGUUCGAGGACAGCAUUGUCAGUGCCGAUAAUCUCGGCGAGGAUGAACAUGAGGAGCUACGGAGCAAGCCCGAGGAUGCAACAGUGAAUCUCAUUUCCUGCUUCCUUCGGUACGCUCUGAGUGGUUGCCUCCUCCAAGACCGAAAGGGGCGUAGGGAGGUACAACCGCGCACAGAUCGCCUGAAGGCAAAGGCCCGUAUUUCUGGAGUCAAGGACAUCGCCGCCGAAGACGACGGGGGUAUCUGCGUGGCGCAGCGGCGGCUGAACGGAUGGGGAACACAGCACCCGUAUCUGGCGUUGGUUGAGGCCAAACGUGCGUUCAAGUACAUCCACUUUGACGAUCAGACCGGAAAGUCCAAACCAAUUGUGUCAAACGAGACGCUGGCCCAGUACCUUGGCGAAGCCGUCAUUACAUGGAAAGCCAACCGCAAUCUCCUGGCACAAGAUGUUUUUCUCAUUGCGGCAACCAACGUUUACGUGCGCUUUGUCCACUUUCGUUUUGGCUCGGAUUACGAACAGUACGUUGACGCUACGAAUGUGGAAGUCCAGAGAGCUCUUGUCGACGAUCCGGCCCGCGACACAUGCGUCCACAUGCAAGCGACAAAGUGGUUCAACCUCGCGUCAGCCAGAGGGAGGCGUGGCGCGCUUUGUCACGUCCUAGCCCUGUUGAGGUGGCAUCAAGCCCACGGUGUGCUGGUUGACUGA